AUGUCUAGCAAGACUGGCAACAAUCAGCGUCAGCAGCUCAACCCUGCACCUCACCACAUCAUGGCACCGGGAAGCCACAGUAGAGUGCAAUCCGCGUCCAUGCAUAGUCUCAACGCAAACUCCGAACCUGCAUCCGACGUCUGGAACCUCAACAACACUCGUCCUCUAAACUUGAGAGACAACGGUGACCGAUCCAAUGCCUACAUGGCCUUCAACCCCACAACCAACAAUCGUCCAUGGAACACCAAUACCGUAUCGCAAUCGCCCAGCUCAUCGCCGAGCAGGACGCGGAACGCACUUACCAACAACGAUUCGGAUUACGCACAAAUGACUGGAGGAAUGAGCCAAUUGAGAAUGUCCAACAUCCCGACCACAUACAACAGUGCAUAUACCAUACCUGCAAACUCCGACAACUUUGUGCCCUCAACGAGUGUCUUUCCCUCGUACCGGAACCAUCGUUCUACCCCUUCUCGACAUUCUCAAUCUCAGUCCCAAUCCCAAUCAUCACCGCCAUUCUCUGCCGCCCAUGCUGCGAGCAACUCGACCCAGUCUCAGCGGGCAGCGCAGCCUUACAUGACUCCCUACCAAGUGAAUAACCAAGCCUAUAGUUUCAACAACACGCAGGGCAUUGACGAUUCGUCGUCGCAGUUCACGGACCGAUUGUCUAUGCCUUUGGAAUCACGUCCAUUUCAGUUCAAUCCUGGUUCUCAGCCCUGGAACAAUGACGGCAGCGUGCACCGCAGCCUGGAAUUGCCUUCUCAGAUGACCUCACAUUAUCAGCCAAUCAACCGAGGGUCUGUCGACCGCGGCACAUCGAGCCAAGCGGAGCAAGGAAAUAGCUCUAGGUUGCACACGGCUUCCUCGAACGACUGGGGCCGCAGCCUUGCUGGCCGUGAUACCCGACCAUUCAAUGAGGAGCGUCGCAUGUCAAACCAACAAGCUACGCAGCAUUUCCCAGCCUACUAUGCCAACCAAUUUGUAUAUUCCGAGCACAUGGUGCCGUACGCACCAGGAGCUGACGCGCGCCUGGUUCACCAACUGGCAUCUACUCAACACCUGGCAUCUUUGUACGGCUCCUACGCACCUGGAGUUACAAACUUGCCUCAAGAAAGCGAGCAAACCACGAGGGCCAAUGCCUUCAUACAAGAAAUUGUCCCUCGCAUAAAGGGGAACAAGAGCAUCGAUCUCAAUCAGCUUUAUGAGUUCAUUGUCGCGUGCAGCGGACACCCGGAAGUAUCAAGGUUCAUCCAGAACAAGCUCGAAUCGGCCAACAGUGCUGAAAAGGAGAAGAUUUUCAACGGUAUUGGAGACGAUGCUGUCGCUUUGAUGAAAGAUGUGUAUGGCAACUACGUUAUGCAGAAGCUGCUUGAGCAUGGAAGCCAGGCACAGAAAGCGCGCCUUUGCAAUUGUAUGAGGGGUCAUAUGUUUGAGCUUUCAAAGAAUAUGUACGGUUGCCGUGUGGUUCAGAAGGCAGUAGACAUUUUGCUUGUCGCGCAGCUUGUCGAACUCUUUGACGAGCUCAGAGAACACAUCGAGGAAGUGAUGGUGCACACGCACGGUAAUCACGUUAUCCAAAGAGCUGUUCAGGUCGUCCCCCAACAGCAUAUCGCUUUCAUCUUCGAGUUUUGCCUGGAAAAUGUCGUCAAGCUUUCCCAAGACCAAAACGGCUGCCGCGUCGUUCAGCGAGUGCUUGAAAGGUGCACCGAAGAUGAAAGGGCCAGAAUUCUAAACACGCUUCGUCCCAAAUGGGAAAAUCUUAUUCAACACAGCUGGGGUAACUACGUCGUUCAGCAUGUCCUCGAGCAUAGAGGUGCUGAGGAGAAGCUCCCAAUCAUCGAGUUGGUCAAGAGCAACCUUGUCCGCUUUUCUAAGCAGAAGCUUGCAUCCAACGUGGUUGAGGCAUGCAUCCGCUGGUGCACGAACGAACAGCGCAGGGAAAUACUACAGAUCUUCUUGACCCCAGGCGCGGAUGGCACAGACACAUUGCUUGAUGUCGCAGGCGAUCAGUAUGGAAACUAUGUCAUCAUUCGUUUGGAUAAGAAGCUUGGGGAACAUAGUCCACCUGAGAACCAGGCGCUGCUGGACGAAUUGCGACCCCGUUACGAAAAGCUCAGGACGGCAAACAAUGUUAUGCCCAAGGUCUUGAGUACAUUGGGUAGGGUUGUCGAGGACGCAUCUCACCCUCAAAACGGAACGGGCAGACUCCAAGUCGAAGUGGACUCGGCUGCACCAACUCCAGUAUUGACGAACGAAACCAACAGUCCUCAAAGCGAUGGCCCUCUAAGUGCUAAUGUGAGCGCCAUCGGAGUCCCAUCUGCCGACAUAAAGACCCCGGCAGCCCCUCUGCAGGUUCAAGAUCAUGAGGCAUAA